AUGAAUCCAUACUUGCCACUAGAGAUGCUUCACAGCAUUCUUUCGAAUUGCCCGCCGAACUUGGACCCUUCUCUAUUCAUCCCGGACCCUGCACUCAGCGCGGAUGAAAAGCUGAGGAUUCGCAAAAGGACGUGGAAGCAGGCGCGUGCCCACUUGUGCUGGUUUCUAAGUCUUCGCCUAGUGAGCAAGACGUUCGAUGCCUUUGUCCUUGACCUUUUGGUUGAUGUUAUUCGAGCCCGAACCGUGGCAGAAGUGACUCUGGAUAUUCGCCCUAGCGAUUGGAUCCCAAGAAUGCCCUUUGAUUGGGAUCCUCCAACACCUUCGACGAUGGCAAUGACUAUCAGGCUUCUGGAUACGUGUGUUCGGCGGGCUGAGCGUAUACCUGCAAGAAGCAGUGUCCUCACGAAACUGGUCACUGCCACGGUAGAGACGGCUGUUGGACUGUUCUCGACCGCCGAAGAUGAUCACCGGGAUGGUACUGCCACAAGGAUCGAGCAGAACACGCCAAGGAGUGAUAGCAUAUGCCGUUUGCUGACCGCGACUGUGCGAGCCGCGGUCAGAUUAUUCUUGCCUCUCCUGAAGGAAUCCUACUGCGAGAAUGCUGACUUGGAUUCUCCAACCAAACUCAGAAAGUCCUAUCGUCAUGGCAUCCUGGCACUACUCGUGGCAACCCUUCCGGCCAAAGACAUCCUUCAAAUUAUCACAGGAGCGGCGAUUGACAAGGAGAUGGAAGGCCGCCUUGACCUGCCAGACCCGCCAAAUGCGACAUUGAUGACAGCGGCGUACGUGGGACGCAUCGACCACAUGAAGAAGAUUCUGAGCUUGAGUUUUGCGUUUCAUUUUGACUUGCGACCUUCGCUUCUUGCGGCUGCUUUUGGCGGAAGACUUCAUGUCAUGAAAUUUGUAAUGGGGAAGGGCGUUAGCCUAAAUACGCGUCACGGCCCCUUGGAAUAUUCCCCUUUGCAUCUCGCAGCAAUAGGCGACAAGAAGGAUAUUAUUCAAUUCUGUAUUCGUCAUGGCGCCGAUCCCAACAUCUGGAAUUCUGGUGAUCAGACACCCCUCCAUUUGGCUGCUGCAGGUGGCCACGCGGAUGUUGUACGGGUUCUGCUCUGUACCAGGACUGUAGAUCCAAAUGUCUUUGAUUCUUGGGACCGUGUACCGCUCGCCUGGGCCGUAAUACAUGGAUUUGAUGAUGUUGUUAGAGGAUUUGUGUCAUACAAGGAGGUGGAAGUGAACAUUGACGACUACAACGACUUUGGGGGUACAAUUGCGAUGGAUCCCUUGGCGGCCGCCGCUCUCUGGGGUCAGGCAACUAUGUUCGACUUGUUAUACCGUCACCUGCCCGACAGGUAUACGUAUCACGACAAUCAUCUGCUUUUCUGUGCAAUAGAAGGGGGAGACACCUCUAUCGUACGUACCCUGGUAGAGAAACAUAAUGGGAUCCCCCGCAAUUACCAGACUGAUUACUACCACCCUCUGGCGAAUGCUGCAUCCUAUGGACACGAGCAAUUGACAAGAUACCUGCUGUCUCUACAAGGCGAUCUGCAGGUAAAUGUCUGCAAAUAUCAGGGAACACCACUCCAACUCGCCAUCAAAAGCUGCCACGGCGGAACGGUUAAGGCUCUACUUGAACACGUCGAUGUGAAUGUCAAUUGCACAUCAGAGGAAGGCAAAUACGAUGAUCAUCCGCUUUUUCUCGCUGUCGAAGAACGUUAUCGGAACGCUGAGGUUAUCAAAGCCUUGCUUGACCAUCCGGACAUUAAUCCCAACCUCACCAACAAAAACGGAAGAACACCCCUAGGAGAGCUUGUGAAUUCUGGGCGUUAUGGUCACUGGUGGGACCCGGACGGGUAUUGGACCUGGACUUGGAAAGCUCGACCAGAUCUCGUCAAGCUCUUCAUUGACAAGGAAAACGUCAACAAGAAGGUGGUGGAUGAUGAAGGAAACACGCCUUUGCUGGAUGCCGCCUGGAUGUCUAAGGAGAUCUUCCUCAUGCUAUUACCGUUCUACAAAGACGACAUCUGGCUUCGAGACAAGGCAGGUGUGAGUGUCCUUGAGUAUGCUGCAUUCAACGACCAAUUGGGCAUUGUCGCCAGGCUUCUGGAACCAGAUCUCAACGUACCCAAGGACGUUCUUCAAGAGGUCAUUGAGAGAGCCCAGGAAGACAUAGCUUAUGGCGAAGAGUACGACGAUGAAAGCCACUCGGAAGAGUAUCUCGGACUUGAAGAUGCGCUUGAGCUGAUGACUGAGUGUCUGGACAAGAUGGAGGCUUGA